AUGAUACUUAACGGAAGCAAUAGAAAGCAAGGAGAAUGGAAAUACAUAGGAGAACAAGGAGCAUCGGUAAUAGAUUAUGUGGUAACGAAUGAAAAGGCUAUAGAGGAGGUAAGAAAGGUGGAGGAAGGAAGCAGAACAGAAUCGGACCAUGUUCCAAUGGAAGUGGAAAUAGAAGGAAUAAGAAGAAAAAGAAGAAAAGAAAGUGGCUGUGUGGAGGUGAAAAGGAGCGUAUGGUCGGUGGAAGGGAUAGAGCACUAUCAUGAAAAAUGUGAGGGGUGCACGGAAACAAAUAUAGAGGAGAUGUGGUCAGCAAUGGAAAAUAAAGUGAAAGAAUCAAUAAUGAGGGUCAAGAAAAAGGUAACGCCAUGGAGGUUAGGAAGAAAGGAAUGGCACAGCAAGGAAUGGAAAGAGAAAAAAAGAGAGCUAAGACGGAAACUAAGAAAAUUGAAGAAAGACAAGAUAAAAAGGGAGGAGUAUGUAAGAAAGAGAAGGGAGUAUAGAAAAUGGUGUGAAGGGGAGAAAAAGAAACACGAGGAGGAAGAGGAAGAAAAAAUAAGAUCCAUAAGGACAGAAGAAGAAGCAUGGAGGUAUAUAAAUAAAUACAGAAAGAAGAGAGAAAGAGUGGACGAGGGGAUAGAGUUACACACCUGGAACGAACAUUUUAUGGAGCUACUAGGAGGAACAAAGGAGAGAGUGAUAAUGGAGGAGGAAGAGGAACGAAGAGGAGAAUAG